UGUCCAGAGGCUGGGAAUAGAAUGACUAAUAUAUUCGGCUAUAUUUUACUCGCUCUUCUCCCGCAUUGUUACUGCAUGCAGGGGAAAAAAGAAGUUUUUGUCGCUGAUUUCUACGAUAUACAGGAGAACGCGAACCCAGAAAUCGGUAAAAUAAAAACAACUGUGACCAAUAGGUCAAUGAAUGUGGAUUACCACCUUUUCAGGGAGAUUCAACCGUCUGAUCGUCCAACAUACUCCUUCGAAGCAGUUGAAUAUUUUGGGAAAAGCAGAAGGACUCGGGCAAAUGAAUCAUUCCGUGUAUGUGAUUUAACACGCCUUAUAAAAGGCAAUCCAAUAUUGAAAGGCAUUUUCGAUUCCGUGGUCAAGUAUUCAAAUCUGUCAAUUUCGUGCAACUAUAAACCAGGAUUUUACUGGGUACGAAACUUGACUGCAACAUCGGACUUUUGGCCUUUAGGCGGUGCUUAUCGAGCCAAAUCCAAUUUUUCGAUACGGAUGACGGUUUACUUAGAUAAGGUGAAUGCGCCACGCGUUAUCAUUUUAAAAUCCAAAAUUAAAUUUAGAGUUGUGAAAGCUUGA